GGAUGAUCUGCCUGUGGCGCGCGGAGGGCGAGGCGUUUGCGCUUGCCGCGGCGCUGUCGCGCGUCACGCAUGCCGAUCCAAGGUGCGUGCUUGCUUGUGUCAUCGGGACGGGGCUGGUCAGGGCGUUGGUGAGGGGGGCGGUAAGUGGUGAGGGGGAGGUGGAUGCGUUGGUGGAGCGGGCGGUCGAGUGGUGUAGGGGGGAGGAUGCGGAGGGGAUGGCGAUGGUGAAUGUGGAGGAGCUGUGGAGGCAUGUGAAGCCCGAUGGGGGGCUGGAGGCGCUGCAGUUGGAUGAGCGGGCGGCGAUCGGGUACGUGUAUAAGACGCUGGGGUCCGGGGUGGUGCUGCUGCGGAUGGCGAUGCGUAGGAUGGCGGCAAGUCAGGGCGGGCUGCUGGACAGGACUCGUCUGUUUGAGGAGCUGAUCACCGACCUGGUCAUGCGCGGCGGGGAUGCGGAUACGAAUGCCUGCUUUGCGGGCGCGCUCCUGGGGGGGUAUCUCGGGUACUGCGCCCUGCCGGACCACUGGAAGCAUGGCCUGAAGCACGAGGCAUGGUUGCUUGGCAAGGCGGAGGCGCUGUGCCAGGUGCUGGGGCUUAAGGACGGGGAAUACAACGGCAAGGACGAUAAAGACACCGAGGUCCAUGGCGGCAAGCCGGAGUUGAGCAAGGAAGAGAUGGAAGUGCGCUGGAUGCUGCUGCAGCAAGCCAUGGUCAAGAAGAUGGAAGAUGCGGCGAAAGCGGCUGCUUCAUCUGCCAAGGAUACUUCGUCGAGGUGGCCCUUUGCGUGGCUGUCAAAUGGUCCAAAGUAGCUCUGGGCAUAAGCGCGUGGUGGCAAGAACAGCAGUAGGUGCGUUUGGUCAAUUUGCUGGCCCGCCCGUUAAACCAGCAGCUGGAGUUUGUACUCAAUACUUCAUUACUUGGUUGUGCCCCUUGACAGUUCGCUGAGAGGUGUUUGGGUGCCAGCUGCUUAACGCCCCCUACUCCAGCUCAACCGGCGUGCAGAUUCUGUUCUUGCUUGGAAUUAGCUUCCAGGCCG